UUUCCCCUCUCUCCCCGUAACAAACCAGCUGCUCCAUCCAUCCCAUUCGCGCACCACGUGACCCAGCAUCUCCCCACAUCCCUCAGCAGUUCAUUCAGCAUGAUGGCUGCGGAUGCUCCCUGCUGCAUCCUGCAUCCGCGCCAGCUCUCCCUCCUCCUCCUCCUCCGCCUCACCGUCAGCCUCUCCUCCCUGCCGUCCCCUGCAUCCGCAUUGCUCGGCGUCCGACCCGAAGACACCCAGAGCGGGGACGUGUCCGUGCAGGACGGCGUCCUGAGAGCCACCGAGGGGACCCGCUUCCUUCUGAGGGUUUACUACUCCGCGUCUCCAGUUUCCGAACAUCCCAACAGCCCGAACCUCAGCGCCGCACCUGCCGCCCCGUGGAUCGCCUUCAUAGAGGAGCCGAGCGAGCGAGAUGCUGCGGAGAGGAACCCGUGCGAGGAGGAGAGUUCCCGGAGCUCGGACAUCGAGCUGCUGGGCUCUUUUAAAUCAGCCUCGAGUCACAACUCAGUUCUGGUCGAGCUGCUGGCCAAAGACCUGCGCAGAGAUGAAGCCAUCAAAUACUACUCCAUGUGCGCGUUCGAUGGAGUGAAAUGGGAGCACUUCAGCACCAAAGACUUCUGGCUAGCAGUGGUCGAGAGACCCCCGGAGGCUGACGUUUGGCUGCAGGCAGGCGUGUCGGUGCUUCUGCUGGGGCURUCGGCUCUCUGCAGCGGUCUGAACAUCAGCAUGCUGGCUCUGGACCCCGUGGAGCUGCGGGUCCUGCAGAACAGCGGCACGGAGAAGGAGCAGAAAUACGCGCGGAAAAUCGAGUCCGUGCGUAAACACGGGAACUACAUCCUGUGCACGGUGGUGCUGGGCAACGUGCUCACCAACACCUGCUUCGUGGUGUGGAUGUGCCAGAUUUUAGGCAUGACUGCGCUCUCGACCGCCUCGUGCACUUUGGGGAUAUUCUUCAUUGGGGAGAUCUUACCUCACUCCGUGGCGUCCAGGCACAGCCUCGCCAUCGCCUCCAAGACCCUCUGCGCGACCCGCCUGCUGAUGCUGGUGUUCCUCCCCAUCGCCUACCCAGUCUCAAAGAUCCUGGACAUCAUGCUACACCAGGAAAUCAGCAACUUUUACACCAGAGAGAAGCUGAUGGCCAUGUUGCGCGUCACAGACCCCUACCAUGACCUGGUCAAGGAGGAGCUGAACAUCAUCCAGGGAGCCCUGGAGCUGAGGACCAAGACCGUGGAGGACGUGCUCACCCCGCUGUCAGACUGCUACAUGCUCUCCUCGGACGCCCUGCUGGACUUCUGCACCAUGUCCGACAUCAUGCAGAGCGGCUUCACGCGCAUUCCGGUCUACGAGAACGACAGGUCCAACAUCGUGGACAUCCUGUUCGUCAAAGACCUGGCCUUCGUGGACCCCGACGACUGCACCCCGCUGAAAACCAUCACUCAGUUUUACAAGCAUCCCAUGCACUGCGUCUUCAGCGACACCAAACUGGAUGUGAUGCUGGAUGAGUUUAAAAGAGGUAAGUCUCACCUGGCCGUAGUGCAGAGAGUGAACAACGAAGGCGAAGGAGACCCCUUCUAUGAAGUGAUGGGCAUCGUCACCCUGGAAGAUGUYAUUGAAGAAAUCAUCAAGUCUGAGAUUGUUGAUGAGACCGACCUCUACACUGACAAUCGGACCAAAAGGCGAGUGUCCAACCACGAAAGGAAGCAGCAGGAUUUCUCGAUUUUCAAAGUGGCCGAAAACGAGCUGAARGUGAAGGUCUCGCCCCAGCUGCUGCUCGCCACUCACCGCUUCCUGGCUACAGAGGUGGAGCCUUUCAGGACGUGUCACCUGUCAGACAAGAUCCUGCUGCGCCUCAUCAAGCACCCCAGYGUUGUGCAGGAGCUCAAGUUCAACCCCAAGAGCAAACACGACCCUCAGCACUACCUCUAUCAGAGAAACAAACCAGUUGACUAUUUUGUCCUGAUUCUACAGGGGCGGGUGGAGGUAGAGAUCGGAAAAGAGGCUCUUCGGUUCGAAAAUGGAGCGUUUUCCUACUAUGGCAUGCCAGCACUCAUCCCACCUCUAACUACCGUUCACAGGUACAGCUCUCGAGGAAGCAGCCUGAAUCAGUCUGAUUCGUUGCUGAGUGGAGGCAGUGUGGGUCAGCUCACAACUGGAGGGGCGUAUUUACCAGAUUACUCAGUUCGACAACUCACAGACCUGCAGAUUAUCAAGAUCACCAAGAAUCACUACCAGAAUGCUCUAACGGCCACCCGAAUGGAAAGCUCCCCUCAGACUCCCGAUGCCCUGUAUCCCAACGCCAAGGCCAGGCCUCCGGGUCCAGAGGCCCGCUCGAACAGCAUCGCCCUCCCGCUGAUGAGCACGCACACCCGACUGGGGCUGACACGCUUCACGCACCUUCAUCCUCACGGCGGCCUUUGCAACACCUCCCAACUCAACGAGAGAAACCGGAUCGUUCGAAGUAAAUCUGAUGGGCAAAGGAGUCCCAAUGAUACUGUGUUCCUUCACUUGGAUGAGAUCCCCUACAUCCACGAGGACCGGCCUGAAAGUUCUGCUGACAACGAUGUGCCCACAGAGCCAUGCACCUCCCCCUUCAUCAGCUCGCUGUCCCUGUCCAGCUCCGAGGAGAACGUCGGCAAGAAGCUCCUGCGCAAGCUGAGUAACAAGAGGAGGAAAAAGUCUCGAGAUGGAGAAAAGAGUUUGGAGGAGGGCUCAGAGCAGCCGUCAGCGACAAGUUAGCACAGUGACAUUGAGGAGGAGGGAUGAAAACAGUCAUCUCCUUCUUAUUUAUUAUUUUCUGGGUACGCUCAUCCAAAAAUUGUUAUUUCCAGCUCUGACACAACCCUCGUAGGAGGCAUCCUAUCUGCUGUAGCCMCUGAUAAUACUCAGGACCUCACUGAAACACUUUUACUCCCCUUUUUUCUGCCUGCUUCCCUCUCAAUCCCCCCAAAUCGACUGGAUAAGUCUCAGCAAGAAAAUCACAUGGAUAUAUCAUGCCUUUCUUUGGACUAAAUGGACAUCGGUUGGUUUUAAUCAGUCAAAUCAAAGUGCAAACUUUGCUCAUGUUGCCUCUUUAAGGUAUCACUUAUGUUAACAUUUAAGCCAUAUUGUGUUCGUAAUCCCUCAAUUUGGAAUCCCACAAGCUCUUAAUCUGAGCCAGUGUUUAGGUUUUACUUGAUCGAACAGGCAAAUCGGGUAGUUCCCACAUACUGAAAAUGUUGUUUGCACAGGGAGCUAACCUGAUGUUGCCAAAAGGAACUCAGCACAAUUUUUACAGAGAACAAAAAAAAUGUUUGUAAAGAAAAGCCAUAAUAUAGUGACUUCUCAGCUAGAAUAACUACUUAUUGUGUUGGAAAAGGACAAGAAAGAAUUUGUUUUCUUAUCCGGUUGUUAUAGAUGAGUCAGGAUUAUCAAACAGAACGAAAAUAAGAAUGCAAGUAGUUUCAAAUACUUUAAAAUGUUUGGAUUUCUCCUAAAAUUCCCACACACACGUUCACAAGAUGCUAAACUAAUAUGCAUGUUUCUCUCAUACACGACAUCUGUUUUGUAAGUUUUCUCAUUAAGACCUUCUGUCUGAACAUGUAGCUGUACAGACACAGGUACCACAUUAAUAUCACUAGAAUGUCCUCAUGUUUUAUCAUGUCAAUGCAACCCUAUCCAGAAACUGUUCAUUUCCAUCUUCUGCUUACUGUGGGGUUUAAAUAUAUAGUUCAUCUCUGAAAGGGUUAAUCCAUAAAGCUGCAUACAAGAAAAAAAAAAAACAAGACAAUUUUGGGGAUUUCUCAAUCUAUGGAUGGAGAUGGAUGCUGUCAAAAAGGUGUUUGCUACUUGCAUGUUUAUUUAUGCUCCUAAAAAUUGUAAAAUUGUCCUCUGUAGAAAACUGUUUUCCUCAUGCAUGCUUACAAGGACGUUGGAAGAAUGCUGGGUUAAAACAAUCUGGACUUUAAUGUCCCAGUGAGGACGGUGGCUGAGGCUUUUUUAUUAUUAUUUUAAAUUCUAGGCAAUAUAACAUAUUUUAGAAUUAACUGGUUAUAAAGUACAGGUAGAAGUUGAUCAGUGUUUUCAGGUAACGGUGGAAAACAGGAGAACGUGGCUGAAAUGUUCACAAAAGGCUGUUUUAAAAGCUGACAACAGUGCAAUAAUAAAAUGAUGACUUAUAAUAAAACGCGUGGAAGUCUGUAUUUUGAUACUGAUCUCUUGAAAUCCCGGAGGGAACAGAAAACCUACGGAAGGGCAGAGAUUUGUCAGACUAAA